AUGUAAAAAUUGAAUGUGAAGUGUAAAAAUAGAAAAAAAUAUUAAAAAGAUUAGAAAAAAGGUUUUUAUUAUAAUAAAAAGAAAUUUUCUGUUAGUGUUUAGUGAAAAAUUGUGAAGUUUAUCCUAUUUUAGGUAACUCAAGGAUCAAAACAUAACUAAACAUUUAUUGGAAAAUUUAAAAAUGAUAAUCUGCUGUGUCCUGUCCGAAGCUAGGAUAUCUCCUUAUCGUCGUAAUAAUAUCGACGCAGCAGUCAACAAGACCAAGCUGUCAUCGUUGUCGUCGUCAUUGUAGUCGUUAUAGACGUUGUCCUUGUCAAGUUGUCAAACCGAGGAACAUUUAAUCCUUAAACCAGUAACCACUAACCGCAUAAGGAUAUCAUAUCGUAUCGUAUCGUAUCGCAUCGACAUCAGCCAGCACACAAAUCGAUUGCGCUAGUGGAAUUUCAAUAAGGAACAGAUAAAUCGUCUCUUAACUCUAAAGCAAUUUUUUCCAUCACAAUCCUGGCAAUAUGAAGUUGUCAAAGCUAUCGAACCAGACCAACUCACAGGAUCCGCAGGCGGUUAAUUCACGUGUUUUCGUUGGCAACUUGAAUACGUUUCAGUGCUCGAAAACGGAUGUGGAACGUAUGUUCCAGAUAUAUGGCCGAUUGGCAGGAAUCUCAAUGCAUAAAGGAUAUGCAUUCGUACAAUUUACAAAUCCAUUCGAUGCGCGAAAUGCUUGCCAUGGAGAGGAUGGCAGGACAGUCCUUAGCCAAACUUUGGAUGUCAAUAUGGUAGCUGAACCAAAACCACAUCAAGUUGGUCGAAAGCGACAAAAUAUUACUAAAACCGGAAAUGACUGGGAUUAUUACUACGACAGCUACUAUUCAUCGACAUUAUUUCGGGCAGCUGGCGCUCGUCCCAAAAAACGUAAACGCUUAAUGACACCACAAGCCCAAAUGUUGACCAAUUCGGUAAAUAAUGGCACUCUGAAUGCGGCUGUGGUAGCCGCAGCCGCCCAACAACAGCAACAGCAACAACAGCAGCAACAACAACAACAGCAACAUCAGCAGCAUGCUGCCGCCGCUGCCAUGGCAGCCAUGGCCAAUCUACUGCCUCAGCAACAGCAGCUAAUCUUGCAUCAGCAAAGUUUACUAUCGAAUGGAGCUGCUGCUGCUGCUGUGGCUGCCGCUGCUAAUGGAAUGGUUAAUGGUGUGGGCGGUGCUGGGUCUGGGACAACACCACAUCAUAGUUUGAAUGCAUUUUUGCAACAACAACAGCAGCAGCAUCAACACCAGCAACAACAACAACAGCAGCAACAUCAAUUUGCCGGACUCCAUUUGAAACCAACCUCACCCACAAUGAAUGCUGCUCCACCAUCGCAAGUCAUUUGUACAGUGGCGCCACCCAUCACAUCGUCGGGUAUUACAAAUAAUAAUAAUCCGUUGACGACAACGGCCACAUCGAUGGCGAAUUGUGAACAAAUGUCAACAUUAUGUGUAAACAGUUCAUCACUGAUUCAGCAACAGCAGCAGCAGACGAACCAUAAACAACAGCAGCAACAACAGCAGCAGCAAUUACUCCAACAACAAUUUCUGCAGCAGGUUAAUGCACAACAGCAACAGCAGCAGCAGCAACAACAGCAAACACAGUGGGGUGCAUUCAAAUUGUACAGUAAUCCGGACACAUUAAUUUGUGGCAACUGCAGAGAAUGCUUCUCGGACCUCGGUGAAUUAUUGGACCACAAAAGGACUUACUGUAAAUUAAGGUUUACAUGCAAGUGCCAGGACAUAGCAUUAGCAUCAAAAAAUCCACCCGCGGGAACUAAACUUUUGUGUGCCGUUUGCAAGGAUGCAUUCACAAAUCCCUGGGAUCUGAUGGUGCACGCCCAAGCUGCCCACAUGGUUAACAUCUAUGAGCUGGGCAAUGAGGCUUCAUCAGCAGCAGCCGUAGCUACCACAAGUGCUCCAAAUAUCAACAAUAACAACAACAACAAUAUCACCAACAUAAACAACAACAACAUUACAAACAGUAUCAACAAAAACAACAACAAGGAAAUUAAUGGAAUCAGCCAAAUGAACGGUACAUCUGUAACCGAAAAUGACGUUUGCAUUUCAACAGUCGUGGACACUGGAUCUAUUUCUGGUGGAGUAUUGGGAGUCGAUGGUAAAGGAAUAGUCGAAUUAAUGCCUUCAAAAGUCAAUGGCGCUUUAAAUGGCAGCGGUGGCGGUGGCAGUGGCGGUAGCUUUUCAGGCGAUGGCAAUGUCAGCGAUGGUGACGCUUGUAUGGAAAUCAAUGGUGGCAUGAUGUGCAGUCCGAAUGGUUCAAUUCCCAAAGAGGAAAUUCAUUCAGAUGGUGGCGCAUCUCUGGACGGACAAAUGUCAAUCUCAUCGCCAACUCAUCACUCCGAUGACAUGAUGAAACUUAAUGGAUCGGUGUCAUCACGUGGCAGUUCUCCAGCUCUAGAUGAUCAACCACCACGAGCCUGUAUUGUUCGUACAUUAAGUAUUGAAGCCACAAGCCCACCAAAUGCCACAGCAGCAGCAGCGGCAGCUCUUGGAAUGAUGACCACAAGUCUGGCUAUAAGCUUAACGAAUGGUACUGCAACUGUAUCCCCACAGUAGACAGGACGACCGUAUAAAUGACGGAUAGAGGCUACCACUACCAUAUCCAACAGAUACAGAUACGUAAAAAGAUUAUAUUUAACAAAAUAACAAAAAAAAAUCAAUUCGCCAGCAGAGCGAAGCAAAUAACAAAAAAAAAAAAAGGAUAAAAAAAAAAAUAUUAUUAAAUAAAUGAAUGUUGUUCCCAAUUAUCACCGAAAUGUUAUCCUGUUGUAGUUUUAUGUGUUUGCAUUUUUGUUCCUUCGAAAAA